CCCCGAACGGCGGCGGACCGCACCAUUGCCGCAACAUUGUUGCCGCGAGAACUUGUGCCGAACGGGAGGCCUAUGAAUAGAUUUAGAGAUUAUAUAUGAGACUUGAAGAUCUGUUGCUGAGGCCUAAGUUUGUGUUUUCAAUUUAGCCGUCCAUCUCUAGUCAAGAUCUUACUACGAUUUAGGAUACACAUUUCGCCAAAGAAAGAAGACAAAUACAUACAAUAACGAGAGAAGACUGAUUCAAGCAUGGCAGCACCAGGGGGAAACUUCUUUAUCCAAGAGAAGCUGAAGACUCCAGCAAAGCAUCAUGAGUCUUACGAACAGCUUUGGGAGACGAAGUGGAAGAAGCCUGCAGAGAUGGGCGUCUACCCCUUCAUGUUCGGCACAGCCUCCGAUUUCGAGCCGAUAGUCACAGAGAUGAAAUCCAGAGACAUGAAAGAGCCCUAUAACUGGGACGAAUACGCCAAAAUCUACUUCCCGCAAGCCGAGAAGCUCAAAUCUAUAGCCGAAGAGGCCGAGAAGAACGGCGAGAAAGAGAAGGCAUCAGAAUACUACCUACGCUCCAGCGCCGUUUACCGCAUCAGCCGCUUCCCUGCGCCACGCAGCGAAGUUCAACGUGAAGCAUGGAAACUAGGCAAAGAAGUCUGCAUCAAGGGCCUAGGAAUGCGUCCGCACCCCGUGCACGAAGUCAUGAUCCCACAUCAACAUCGCAACCAAGACGAAGGAGAACACAUACCCGUUUACCACCUCGUCCCCGAAGGCGCCUCGAAAGAAAACCCGGUACCCACCGUUAUCAUUUUCACUGGCCUCGACGGCUAUCGCACUGAGCUGGCCGUCUGGAUGGAAGGCUGGCGUCGCGUAGGCGUAGCCACUAUCGUUCUGGAGAUACCCGGUACUGGAGACUGUCCCGCUACCGCAUCGGACCCCACAUCCCCAGACCGUCUCUACAGCUCACUGUUCGACUGGAUAGCCACACAAGAGCGUCUUGAUGCAAAGAAAGUUGCCAUCUGGGCAUUCAGCACCGGCGGCUACUACGCCAUCCGCGUUGCUCACACACACGCAGAUCGUCUGGCAGGCGUCGUAGCAUUAGGAGGAGGCUGCCACUACAUGUUUGAGCGCGAAUGGCUCGACAAUGUAAAUCACCUCGAGUACCCCUUUGAUCUUGCCAACACACUCGCAUACAAGUGGGGUUACGGAAAUGACGUCGAAGCCUUCAAAAAGGAAGCCAUGAACAAGUUCUCGUUGCUAAACGACGGCACGUUGGAUAAGCAAACAUGUUCGAGAUUGCUGUUGGUGAAUGGGACUGAGGAUGAGAUUUUCCCAAUUGACGAUUAUUAUCUUGCGUUGCAACAUGGUGCGCCCAAGGAAGCGAGGUUUAUAACGGGCAUCAAGCAUAUGGGGGAGCCGGAGAGCUUCUUUGUUAUCAUCAAGUGGCUGUAUAAGCUGUUUGGUAUUGAGGCCGAAGUCGGGGCACAGAUGUCGACGUUGCCCUUCAAGCCAAAGUACUAAGGGGGAGAGUGAGGUAUGCAAAGAGGAUGAAUGCAGAGAAGGAACCGAGAACACGACAGCGAGCGGAAUUGAGAUUAGGUCCUUCGAGAUCCAUGUUCUAUACUCUUCCUGUUGUGACA